AGAAAUAUACCAAAAAAUAUCGCGACACUAACUAUCGUUAGAGCGCCUUACUCCAGAUGACAACUUUUCGAUAAGUUUUUGUCCAGUUUCGAUACUUCUCCGUUCAUUACAUCUAUCUAAAUGUCAUUUUGAAUAAAUCGGAACAUACUAAAAAAUAAAUACCGAUCUGGCAGCACGCUUUGCGCCAAUUGUCGAAGCUUCAUUUGCUUCUUUUUUUAAAUUCGUAACGUAAAUUGCUUUUGACAUUUCUUUUAACAAGAACAGAACUAAUUUUUAAAUUUGUAACCGUGAUUUUUUUUUGAUUUUUAACAAAAUAAAUAAUAUUUACAUUAAAAUUAUACCUGAAAAGUAUGUAUUAAGCGCAAUCCAUAAAGAGAAAGAGAGAGAGUGAGUGAGAGGGGGACACACACACACACACAACACAACACGGAUCAGGAUCUGGAUUUGGGUUUGAUUCAACAUAAACAACAACAACAACAAGCAACAGCAACAUCUCUAAAUCCAAGCGAGGUCUUUCUAAGCCUGAGCAAGUAUUAAAUACAGAAAAACAAAAAAAAACACCAUCAACCACAACAAUAAUAACAUCAUCAAUGGAUAUGAUCAACAUUGGGCAGAGCGUUAAAAUCAAACGCACCGAUGGCCGCGUCCAUGGGGCUGUUGUAUCCAAAUUGAAUCCAUCGGCACGCUGCAUCACCGUGGAGUGGUAUGAGCGAGGCGAGACGAAGGGCAAGGAGGUUGAGCUGGAAGCCAUACUCUCUUUGAAUCCAGAUCUGACCAUGGGCGAUCCGAAUGAAAUGCAUCACACAGCCCCAGAGCCCAAAAAGCAGGCAACGGCCCCCAACAAUCUGUCUCGCAAUCCCACACAAUCGGCCAUUGGCGGCAUCGGUGGUGGCGGCGGCGGCAGUAGCGGUGGCAGCUCAACGGCGCGAAUGACCAUGACCGGCACACAGCUGAACAAGAUCAGUGAGACGAGCAAUCGUGAGCUGGGUUCACAAUUGGGCAACAGUCAGAGCGUUGGCAAUAUGACCGCCGCCUCUGUGGCCGCCAUUAGCAACAACAGCAGCAGCGUCGGGGCCGCAGGCAGCGGGAUGAUGCGGCCACGCUAUGCGCACAUGCAGCUCAAUAGCAAUGCACAGACGCGCAUCGCAUCGGCGGUGUCCAGCAGCAACAACAGCAACAACAUUAUGAAUGAGCGAACAUCAAUAACAGGAACAACAGCGGCCGCCGCAGCAGCCGCAGCAGCGGCAGCAUCAGCGAACACAACAAACAAUUCAAAUAAUUCGACGGCAGCUGCAGCGGGCGCUCGACGCAGUCACGCCUUGAAGGAGGUGGAACGGCUGAAGGAGAACCGAGAGAAGCGUCGCGCCCGACAGGCGGAGAUCAAAGAGGAGAAGGUAGCCCUAAUGAACCAGGAUCCGGGCAAUCCCAAUUGGGAGACGGCGCAAAUGAUACGCGAAUACCAAAAUACCCUGGAAUUUGUGCCGCUCCUCGAUGGUCAGGUGGUCGACGAUCAUCAAAUAACGGUUUGUGUGCGCAAGCGUCCGCUCAGCCGCAAGGAGCUAAAUCGCAAGGAGAUCGACGUCAUAUCCGUGCCUCGCAAGGAUAUGCUCAUGGUCCACGAACCGCGCAACAAAGUCGAUCUAACCAAAUUCCUCGAGAAUCACAAAUUCCGAUUCGACUACGCUUUCAACGACACAUGCGACAAUGCUAUGGUCUACAAAUACACCGCUAAACCUUUAGUAAAGACAAUUUUCGAGGGGGGUAUGGCCACGUGCUUUGCUUACGGACAGACUGGAUCGGGAAAAACACACACGAUGGGAGGUGAAUUCAAUGGCAAGGUGCAGGAUUGCAAGAAUGGCAUCUACGCAAUGGCUGCCAAGGAUGUCUUCGUCACACUCAAUGGACCCCGUUAUCGCUCACUGAAUUUGGUCGUUUCGGCCAGUUUCUUUGAAAUAUACAGUGGCAAGGUCUUUGAUUUGCUGGCCGAUAAGCAAAAGCUGCGCGUCUUGGAGGAUGGCAAGCAACAGGUACAAGUCGUUGGCCUAACCGAGAAGGUGGUCGACAGCGUCGAGGAGGUACUGAAACUCAUCCAGCACGGCAAUGCGGCGCGAACAUCCGGCCAGACGUCGGCCAAUUCAAAUUCAUCGCGUUCGCAUGCCGUAUUCCAAAUUGUCUUGCGUCCCAUGGGCAGCAGCAAAAUCCAUGGCAAAUUCUCAUUCAUCGACCUGGCGGGCAAUGAGCGUGGUGUGGACACAUCAUCGGCGGACCGUCAGACCCGCAUGGAGGGUGCCGAAAUCAAUAAAUCUCUGCUGGCAUUGAAGGAGUGCAUCCGUGCGCUGGGCAAACAGUCGGCGCACUUACCAUUUCGCGUCUCGAAGCUGACGCAGGUGCUGCGCGACUCGUUCAUUGGCGAGAAGAGUAAGACGUGCAUGAUUGCCAUGAUAUCGCCGGGCUUGAGCAGCUGCGAGCAUACGCUGAACACGUUACGCUAUGCGGAUCGCGUCAAGGAGCUGGUGGUCAAGGAUGUCGCCGAGAUCGGGCAUGGCGACUGUGAGCCCAUCGACAUGGACGAUGAAGAGGAGGUGGAGGAGCAGCAAUUGGCCGACCAUGGCGUUGUUAAUCUGGCCCAGCACUCGUCCCAUCAUCAUCACCAUCAUCAGCAGUCGCUGCAGCGCGGCCACAACAACAACAACAACAACAGCAAGAACGGAAAUGGAGCCAACAUGGAUCUGGCCAUGCUUAGUUCGCUGAGCGAACAUGAAAUGUCGGAGGAGCUGAUCGUACAGCAUCAGGCGAUCGAUGAUCUGCAACAGACCGAGGAGAUGGUCGUUGAGUAUCAUCGCAGCGUGAACGCCACUUUGGAGACUUUCCUAGCCGAGUCGAAGGCCUUGUACGACUUAACCAAUUACGUGGAUUACGAUCAGGAUGCGUAUUGUAAGCGGGGCGAGACAAUGUUCUCGACUCUAUUAGAUAUUGCCAUACAGUGUCGCGAUAUGAUGGCCGAAUAUCGUGCCAAGUUGGCCAAGGAGGAGAUGUUGUCCUGUAACUUUAAGCCAACCAACAAGCGUUAAACACAGCACCAA